AUGGGAAUCGGGAGGUGGGUUGCUUUACUUUAUCUGACUUCAACGGAUGAGUACUCUUCUGCUGGUUCAAAACCUUACAAUUCCUUAGCAGCUUAUGGAGCGUUUACUAGGCCAAUGCCAUCUGGGAAUGAGAUUAGGCUGCGAAUGCUUAUAGGUGGAGCAAACUUUGUUUACAGCCUUGCUUCGGGUUCACCGUGGGAAGCUACACGAGGACAGAUCGACUUGAUGAUAUCUGGAAACGGACCAGUUUCAAAAGUAACAUAUCUUAUUGACCUGAAGCUGUUUGAGGUUCAUUUCUACUCUUAG